UUUAAUUUCGUCUGCUGCUAGUUUCAUUCUUGUAGUGUGAAUUUUAAUAUAAGUACAUAUAAUUGGUAUCAAUUCUAUUUAAAUUAAGUUCUGCAAAAAAAAAAACCGUUCUCUAUUAAAUUGAAAAUAUAUAAAAUUAUUUUACUGGAAUUGAAAGAAUUGAAGCAAAACUUCAUUUAUUUCCAGUAUGGCAUCUGUAUCAACAGGUUAUUAUUUAACUGGAAAAAUCAAAGUAUUAUGGAAACGAGGUUGGAUUAAAAUGCCUGAGAUUAUGGUCUCAACUGCUGGUGCUUUGAUUGGGAUCUGUUUGUCCAUAGGUACCUAUCUAUACAAGGACAGCCACCACGGAUGGAAUCAAAAAUAUGUAUCUAGAUAUAUGGGUUGUGAUACUAUUCUCAAUUCACAAUUUCUAUCGAGAUUGACGUCGAGUAGGGGUCCUUUUAACGAACAUAUAAAGUCCGAACUUAGGGCUAAAUAUGGAUAUUUAUAUUUUAUAUAUGCUGACUUACCGGCUGACAUGGGCGAUUGUGGUACCAAGACUGAGUGUAGUUUAUACAGAUUAUAGUAAUUCCUGCCAACAAGAGUGAUAAGACCUGACGAUCCACGAGUACCUAAGAUACAAAGAUACAGUAGGUUAGAUUGAAGUCACGCAGAAUAAUUAUGGAUAAGUUGACAGUUUAUAAAUGAAAUAUUUAACUCAGUAAGAGAGUGUCAUUUAUGAAAUGUAAUAGUUAUUAACAAUAAAUGUAUAGUUUUAGAUA